AUGGCGCCAGGGUGCUCGACUGGCCGUCUGUCGCUCUGCUCUGUGUUUACUGUAUGUUUUGUGAUUUACCUGUUAUGCCAAGAUGUUUCAGCUCUCGUUGUAUAUGACCGUCAAACUCUGCUUGAGAUCGGAGGUUACUUCGAUCGGUUCACUUAUGACAAGUUGAUUAGUUCUCCUCCAUGCCUCGAGGAAAUCCCGGCGUUUCUUAGGCACCCUCCCCUCCAUCUUGUCCCCCUGAGACGACGCAGGAGAAGACGUGGGAAACGCGGAGGCCUCCGGGUCCGGCUCAAGCCCCACCUGAGGUCGUUACGUCUGUCUGAUCGCUGCAGAGACCUGCACCUUCUUGAUGUUCCGAUGAGGACGAGAGGCUGUUGGAUCCGACCGGUGUUCCCAGACAUCGGCGGCUUUGACAGCGUCAGCUGUUCGCUGGCCCCCGAUCAGCUAAGUUGCUGCAUCCCUCCAGCUGGCGUGUUCCUACCGGGAGACGCGGUGUGA